AUGCUAGGUGCCCGCGUCCUCAAUUUUGAGGUUGGAGGGGUUGCGGGGCAAUUAGCGGAGAGCCCCGACUUCCCGUUCACCGCAACCAGGGCAGAGGGGGCGCCGCCCCCCAGGUCCUCUAAGGACCGCGGGGGGCGUCCGCUGCAGUUCUACCACCUGCCCCCUGUUUCGGGCCAGGUCCGGGUCACUCACAUUCGGGACCCGGUGAGGUCCCAGGCACUACAACAGGAAAUCGUGACCUUGCUGGACAAGGGCGCGGUAGUGCCUGUGAACCCCCUGCGGGACCCAGGGGGGUUUUGUUCCAGGUAUUUCCUGGUCCCGAAACAGAUCGGGGACCUGCGACCGGAUGUGCUCCACACUAUAGCCAAGGGCGAGUGGUUCACCAGCAUCGACCUGAAAGAUGCAUAUUUUCAUGUGCCAAUCGCUCCUCCCCACUGGAGGUUCCUGCGGUUCGCUUUCCAGGGGCGGCACUUCGAGUUCAGGGUUCUCCCCUUCGGCUUGUCUCUGUCCCCGCAGGACAACAUGGUGACUUUCAUGAAGGAGGAGCUGAAGAAGAUGAAGAAGCUCCUGAGUCCAGAUUACCCAGCAUGCUCAGAGAGUGAGAGAGAGGAUGAGGAUGAAGAGCAGAGGAGCAGCAGAGAGUCAUUAGUGAGGAUCACACUGGACUUCCUGAGGAGGAUGAAGCAGGAGGAGCUGGCUGAGCGUCUGUGGAGCAGAACAUCUGCUCCAAUCUGCCAACAGAAGCUGAAAUGUGGCCUGAAGAAGAAGUUCCAGUGUGUUUUUGAAGGAGUCUCUAAAGCAGGAGAGUCCACCUUCCUCAACCAGAUCUACACAGAGCUCCACAUCACAGAGGGAGGGACUGCAGAGGUCAAUCGGGAACAUGAGGUCAGACAGAUUGAAACAGCAUCCAGGACAGCAGACAGAGCAGAGACAAGCAUCAGACCAGGAGACAUCUUUAAGGCCUCACCUGGAAGAUCUCAACCAAUCAGAACAGUGCUGACACAGGGAAUGGCUGGCAUUGGGAAAACAGUCCUGACACAGAAGUUCACUCUGGACUGGGCUGAAGACAAAGACAACCAGGAAAUCUACUUCACAUUUCCAUUCACCUUCAGAGAGCUGAAUGUGCUGAAGGAGAAGAAGUUCAGCUUGGUGGGACUUGUUCAUCACUUCUUCACUGAAACCAAAGAAGCAGGAAUCUGCAGCUUUGAAAAAUUCCAGGUGGUCUUCAUCUUAGACGGUCUGGAUGAGUGUCGACUCCCUCUGGACUUCCAGCACCCUGAGUUCCUGACUGAUGUUACAGAGUCCACCUCAGUGGACGUUCUGCUGACAAACCUCAUCAGGGGGAAACUGCUUCCCUCUGCUCACCUCUGGAUCACCACACGACCUGCAGCAGCCAAUCAGAUCCCUGCUGACUGUGUGGACAGGGUGACAGAGGUCCGAGGGUUCACUGACCCCCAGAAGGAGGAGUACUUCAGGAGGAGGUUCAGAGAGGAGGAGCAGGCCAGCAGGAUCAUCUCCCACAUCAAGACCUCCCGAAGCCUCCACAUCAUGUGCCACAUCCCGGUCUUCUGCUGGAUCACUGCUACAGUUCUGGAGGAGGUGUUGAAGAGCAGAGAGGGAGGAGAGCUGCCCAAGACCCUGACUCAGAUGUACAUCCACCACCUGGUGGUCCAGGCCAAAGUCAAGAUGGUCAAGUUUGAUGGAGGAGCUGCCACAGAUCCACACUGGAGUCCAGAGAGCAGGGAGAUGAUGGAGUCUCUGGGAAAACUGGCUUUUGAGGAGCUGCAGAAAGGAAACCUGAUCUUCUAUGAACUCGACUUGACAGAGUGUGGCAUUGAUCUCAGAGCAGCCUCAGUGUACUCAGGAAUGUUCACACAGAUCUUUAGAGAGGAGAGCGGCCUGUACCAGGACAAGGUGUUCUGCUUCAUCCAUCUGAGCCUUCAGGAGUUUCUGGCUGCUCUUCAUGUCCAUCAGACCUUCAUCACAUCUGGAAUCAACCUGCUGGAAGAAAAACAGCAAACAUCCUGGUGGUCAAAUAUUUGGAGGCAGAAACCUAAUCUCCACCAUCUCCAUCAGAGAGCAGUGGAUGAGGCCUUGAAGAGUCCAAAUGGACACCUGGACUUGUUCCUCCGCUUCCUCCUGGGUCUUUCAGUGCCGACCAAUCAGAGUCUCCUUCGAGGUCUGCUGACACAGACAGGAAGUAGCUCACAGACCAAUCAGAAAACAGUCCUGUACAUCAAGAAGAAGCUGAGUGAGAGUCUGUCUGCAGAGAGAAGCAUCAAUCUGUUCCACUGUCUGAAUGAACUGAAUGAUGGUUCUCUGGUGGAGGAGAUCCAACAGUCCCUGAGAUCAGGACGUCUCUCUGGAGACAAACUGUCUCCAGCUCAGUGGUCAGCUCUGGUCUUCAUCUUACUGUCAUCAGAAGAAGAUCUGAAGGAGUUUGACCUGAAGAAAUACUCUGCUUCAGAGGAGGCUCUUCUGAAGCUGCUGCCAGUGGUCAAAGUCUCCAACAAAGCUCUGUUGAGCUGCUGUGGGCUGUCAGAGAGAAGCUGUGGAGCUCUGUCCUCAGUCCUCAGCUCUCAGUCCUCCAGUCUGACACAUCUGGACCUGAGUAACAACGACCUGCAGGAUUCAGGAGUGAAGCUACUGUCUUCUGGACUGGAGAGUCCUCACUGUAAACUGGAAGCUCUCAGUCUGUCAGGGUGUCUGGUCUCAGAGGAAGGCUGUGCUUCUCUGGUCUCAGCUGUGAGCUCCAAGUCCUCCCAUCUGAGAGAGCUGGACCUGAGCUACAACCAACCAGGAGACUCAGGAGUGAAGGAGCUGUUUGCUGCAGUGGAGGAUCCACAGUGCAGUCUGGAGACUCUCAGGGUGGACCAUGGUGGAGAGCAGAGGUUAAAACCUGGUCUGAGGAAGUAUUUCUCUCAACUUCAACUGGAAACACACUCAAUGAGCAGAAAAAUCAAACUGUCCAACAACAACAGGAAGGUCACACAUGUGGAGGAAGAGCAGCUGUAUCCUGAUCAUCCAGACAGAUUUGAUGACUGUCCUCAGCUGCUGUGUAGAAAUAUUCUGAGUGGUCGAUGUUACUGGGAGGUUGAGUGGAGCGGAGAUGUUUAUAUAUCAGUGAGUUACAGAGGAAUCAGGAGGAAAGGAGACAGUCAGGAGUGUGUGUUUGGAGGGAAUGAUCAGUCCUGGAGUCUGAUCUGCUAUGAUCAAGGUUACUAUGUCAGGCACAAUGACAGAAUAACACCCACCUCCUCCUCCUCCUCCUCCUCCUCCUCCUCCUCCUCCUCCUCCUCCUCCUCUGGUAGAGUAGGAGUGUAUGUGGACUGUCCUGCUGGCUCUCUGUCCUUCUUCAGAGUCUCCUCUGACUCUCUGAUCCACCUCUACACCUUCAACACCACAUUCACUGAACCUCUCUAUGCUGGAUUUGGAUUCUGGUCCUCUGGUUCUUCAAGUGAUGAAGCAGGAGGAGGAAGCCUCCUCAACAGGAUCUACACUGAGCUCCACAUCACAGAGGAACACAGUGAGGAGCUUCAGAGGGAACCUGAGCUGAAGCUUCUGGAGACAGCUUCCAGGAAGAAGAGCCUCCAUCACUCUGCCAUCAGGAAGAAGAGUCUCCGUCACUCUGCCAUCAGGGAGGAGAGCCUCCGUCACUCUGCCAUCAGGGUUCAGGACAUCUUCAAAGCCUCGGCCCAGCAGCUCAGACACAUCCGAGUGGUUGUGACCAGCGGCGUGGCCGGCAGUGGAAAAACCUUCUCGGUGCACAAGUUCAGUCUGGACUGGGCCGAGGGCCUGGAGAACCAGGAUGUGGGGGUGCUGGUGGUGCUCUCCUUCAGGGAGCUGAACCUGCUGGGAGAGCGGCCGUACAGCCUCCUCUCGCUGCUGGCUGUUUUCCAUCCCACGCUCCAGAAGCUGACGGCAGAGGAGCUGGAUGUCUGCAAGCUGCUCUUCAUCUUUGAUGGUCUGGAUGAAAGCAGACUGUCUCUGGACUUCAGCAGCAGCCGGCGGCUGCUUGACGUCUCCCAGCAGUCUUCAGUCAGCGAGCUGCUCACUAACCUCAUCCGGGGGGAUCUGCUGCCCUCGGCUCGGGUCUGGAUCACUUCCCGACCGGCGGCGGCCCAUCAGAUCCCUCCAACAUGUGUGGACAGACUGACUGAAGUGCGAGGCUUCACUGACGCCCAGAAGGAGGAGUACUUCAGGAGGAGGCUGAGUGAUGAGGAACUGAGCAGCAGGAUCAUCUCCCACAUCCAGACCUCCAGGAGCCUCCACAUCAUGUGUGGAAUCCCAGUCUUCUGCUGGAUCACUGCUACAGUUCUGGAGCACAUGUUGAGCAGCGAGCAGAGAGGAGAGCUGCCCCAGACCCUGACUGACAUGUACUCCCACUUUGUGCUGGUUCAGACACACAGGAAGAAGCUCAAGUACCAUGAAGGACCUGAGACGGGUCCACAGGAGCUGACGGAGGCUGACAGGGAGCUUCUUCUGAAGCUGGGCAGGAUGGCCUUGGAACACCUGGACAAAGGAAACAUCCUGUUCUACCAAGAAGACCUGGAGCAGUGUGGUCUGGAUGUGACUGAGGCCUCGCUGUACUCUGGAAUCUGUACUCAGAUCUUCAGAAGAGAGUCUGUGAUCUUCCAGAAAGCCGUCUACAGCUUCGUCCAUCUGAGUGUUCAGGAGUUUCUGGCUGCAGUCUCCAUGUUCCACUGUUUCACCAGCAGCAAGAGAGACCAGCUGAAGACCUUCUUUGGAGAGGAUCAUGCUUUCAGAUCUCUUGAUGAUUUGCUGGUGGUCGUCCUGGAGAAAUCCGUCAGAAGUGGGAACGGCCACCUGGACCUGUUUGUCCGCUUCCUUCAUGGCCUCUCUCUGGAAUCCAACCAGAGACUCUUAGAAGGUCUGCUGGGUCGGACAGAGAUCAGUCCAGAAACCAUCCAGAGAGUCAUCCAGAACCUGAAGGAGAUCAACAGUGUAAAAGUGUCUCCUGACAGAUGCAUCAACAUCUUCCACUGUCUGAUGGAGAUGAAGGACCUCUCAGUCCAUCAGGAGAUCCAAGAGUUCCUGCAGUCAGAGAACAGAUCAAAGAAGAGACUCUCUGGGAUCCACUGCUCAGCUCUGGCCUACAUGCUGCAGAUGUCAGACCAAGUCCUGGAGGAGUUAAACCUGAAGAACUACAAGACAUCAUUGGAGGGACGACAGAGACUGAUCCCAGCUGUGAAGAACUGCAGGAAGGCUGAGUUGAGCUGCUGUGGUCUGUCAGAGAGAAGCUGUGGAGCUCUGUCCUCAGUCCUCAGCUCUCAGUCCUCCAGUCUGACACAUCUGGACCUGAGUAACAAUGACCUGCAGGAUUCAGGAGUGAAGCUACUGUCUUCUGGACUGGAGAGUCCUCACUGUAAACUGGAAGCUCUCAGUCUGUCAGGGUGUCUGGUCUCAGAGGAAGGCUGUGCUUCUCUGGUCUCAGCUGUGAGCUCCAAGUCCUCCCAUCUGAGAGAGCUGGACCUGAGCUACAACCAUCCAGGAGACUCAGGAUCAGUGAACAGAAACCUCAAACUGUCCAACAACAGGAAGGUGACACGUGUGAGUGAAGAGCAGCCGUAUCCUGAUCAUCCAGACAGAUUUGAUGACUGUCCUCAGCUGCUGUGUAGAAAUAUUCUGAGUGGUCGGUGUUACUGGGAGGUUGAGUGGAGCGGAGAUGUUUAUAUAUCAGUGAGUUACAGAGGAAUCAGGAGGAAAGGAGACAGUAAGGAGUGUGUGUUUGGAGGAAAUGAUCAAUCCUGGAGUCUGAUCUGCUAUGAUAAAGGUUACUAUGUCAGGCACAAUGACAGAAUAACACCCACCUCCUCCUCCUCCUCCUCCUCCUCUGGUAGAGUAGGAGUGUAUGUGGACUGUCCUGCUGGCUCUCUGUCCUUCUUCAGAGUCUCCUCUGACUCUCUGAUCCACCUCUACACCUUCAACACCACAUUCACUCAACCUCUCUAUGCUGGAUUUGGAUUCUGGUCCUCUGGUUCUUCAAUGAGUCUGUGUCCUCUGUAGGAAGGAUGGUCUCUGUCUCUGACAGCAGUCCUGUCAGCACCAAUCAGAGAUCAGAGAACAUCAGUGGAGUUCAGCAGGGCUCACAGACGGAGCCUCCAACACUUUGUAAAUAUGUGGUCACUUUAAGUUUCAGGACGUUUUCUAACCUCCUCAAGUCUUUGUCAGCAACAACGGAGACGAUGAGGAAAGGACUCUUCUGAUCCCAGAUUGACUUAUUUGUUUUUUAUUAAUUUA